AUGUCGGGCUCAGGCUCCGGUUCGAACCACCCUGUCACGGCAGAACGCAUUCGCCAUCCUCAACAUGUCUAUGCGCAAGAAGGUCCCACAUCACCAUCAUACGAUUCCAGCGGUCACGGCUCCUACAUGUCACACCAGGACAGCGCAGGCUCGAGUGCUGCGCCAGGAUGGAACAGUCCAGGUGGCUCGAGUCAACCUGCGCGCUCGCCUGCGCAGCUACCCGAGGAGAUGCGCGCCCGCGAGAGGCAGAGGCAGGUGGAGCGAGAUCGAGAACGACGGGAGCGCCAGCCCAGCCAAUCGUCUUUGAAUGCCCCUAGUCCAGCGCCAUCGACUCCUUCCGCCAACGCGCAGGAUCCUGCAGCCGCGAAAUUCUCGUCUAGCCACAUGGAGUCCUCGGUGACACGUUUGCUUGUCGCGACAAAGAUGUUGCUCGAAUCGCUCACCAAAUGGUCCGUCGGGCAGCGUAGCGAAGAGGACGUUUCCGACAUCUAUGUGCGCCUUGGCAACGACUUCAACUCGGCCAAGCUCGCCUUUGGAUCGUACGGCAUCGACAUGAGCGAUCUCAAUUCGGUGCCCGAUGAUCUGCGCGACUGCCUUGAGCGCUGCUUGUCGGAGGAAGCUUCUCCGGCUGUGCUCGAAAUCCAUCUGCCCCGUAUCCGCGAGAUCAUCAUCAAUCUCCUACAGGGUCUCAAGAUGAAGCAGGCCGAGUACAAGCAGUUCCUCGUCCAGCAACGUGCAGCAAAAGGGGCAAAGAGGUCCAGCGUACUUCUCGGGACUCCAUCAUCAUCAACUCCUCCAUCAGUACGACAGCAGCAGCAGCAGAAGACGACAUCGAAUCGUGUCCUGGGGCCACGCGCCUCGCGGCAAGGGUUCAGCGAGACUGCUGCAACUGCCUCUGCCGAAGCCCAACCCGAGAUAGAUUCGUCAAGCACGUUCUCAACACACCCAGAUUCUCUGCAGCGUGCCAGCUCGGUGGGUGCGGCGUCACCUUUCGAUCGCGCAUCGACGCAACCAUCUGGCGGAGAUGCCGACUCGUCCACGACUGCUCCCGCAAAUCCUGCAUCCGGUCGAGCUGGCAUUGUGCGUCCGCCGAGUCGUAUCUUGCGCAUGGCAAGCGAUCGAUCAGCAGGCAAAGGCUCAGAUGAACAGCCCUCACCUGCACUGCCUCAAGCAGCCUUCUCGUCCUCCGAUGCCCCGGAUUCCGAGUCAGGUCAGGCAACGCCGCGAAUGUCGAGCGUCGAAAGCCGCGCGCUAGCCAACGACGCUGUUGUGACGUCGGCUGCUGGCGGAGAAGCUUUGCGCGAUGAUGAAGGCUCCGACGACCAGCCUGGCCCGCUCACCAGCCUGACACCGCAACGAUUGAGCACACGAUCACCACGACACACUCCCAAGUCCUCCGUCGAUACUGCUGCCGACUUUACCGAACAUGACCCGAGCAUGAGGGCGCUCAAGAACCGAGAUGCUCUGGAACGUCGUGCCAGUAAACGCUUCAGCGCCUACACCUUCAACAAAAUGGGCAUCGGACAGAACUACACACAGGGUAUGGGCAUCAACAUGUUCCCUCCAGGCAGCGGCGGUGCCGGUAGUCCGCUCGCAGAACGCAAACCAACCGAGCGACGAGGCAGUGGAGCACGCCGGACCGUCCGACCUCCUCUUCCAGAGGCGAGUCCCGCACUGGAAGGCGCCACAAGUCCCUCUACGUUCGCCAAAACCACCGACUACUUUGGAUCGUCAAGCAGCAGCAACAGCAUCAGUGGCGCACGUGCGCUGCCUCGAUCCAGAAGCGCUGCUACCGUCGACAGCAAAUUCGAGUCGAUUCAGGAAGUCAAGACUCCCACCUCUGCCUCUUUCGGCCCAGACGCCAAUACGCCGCCGCCCGAAGAUUCUAUCGGCACAAAUCCAGGAAAGUCGACAUCUGCUGAGGCACACGAGUCUUCGCCGACACAGUCGAGGGACCUACUUGCUCCUGCCGCCCGGACCGCUCACCGGGUCACUUCGCAAGCUGCGAGCUCCACGGAUUCACUUCCCUUUGUGGAUGCUCAUGCGGCUGUGUCGGACUCGGGCCAUGCAAUCGAAUCCAAGGAUGGCCAGAGCGCUGCUACGACGGCUGCGGCCACCAGCACCGCAAUUUCGGCAACUCCGCGCGCCCGGUCCAGCACCAUAGCAUCAGAGACGAUCAGUGUCUUUCUGCAGCUCGGUCGUCAAACUCGUAAAGCUGUCAUUGAGCUUGACACCUCCAAUCCUCUGACACGUGGGAUCAGCGUCGCAAAAUUGCGCAUGCUCUUCAUCGAUCGCUUCGCGUACUCGCCUGGUAUGGACGACUUCCCGACCAUCUAUCUCAAAGACCCCGCCAGCGGUAUAACGUACGAGCUUGAGGAUCUUGACGACAUUCAGGAAGGGAGCGUGCUCACGCUCAACAUCGAGCCCCUGGACCAGGUCAAACAGCACCUCGACCUGUCGCUCGGCGCCAUUUCACGCGACAUUCGCGAGCUCAAGGCUGCUCUGGCGGAGCGUGACCGCGAUGCGCGUCGCAUGUCUCUGGUCAACAACGACGCCUUCUUGACGACGCAUGCAACACCCACCAAGAUCAGCGAUUCGCAAUUUCAAGCGGCUGGCCAGCGUGUGGCGCAACUCAAGCGUGCCAAUACGCGAGCGUCCGGGACGAACAAUUUCGAAGACCCGCCUACGACUCCCGACUCCAGCAAAAGCAGUGCUGCAGGUCCACCCUCGUCCGCAUUGGCAGGCUCACGCAUAGCGCACGAGCUCAAGGCGCAAUUCGAGGAACUGCAGAACCUUCGCCGCGAGUUUGCUGUCACCCGUCAAUUGCAGACCGAUUUCGAGGGCGACGUCAAGUCUAUCCUCGCCACCGUCCGCGAGCAAUCUGGUGCGGUGCGAGCCAUCGCCUCGACCAAAGUGGCAGCCGAGCGCAAUUUCAUCGUCGCAGGCAAAGCUCGCCUCGAUACCCAGUCUCAAGACCUCCUCACGCUCAUCGAGGACCUGCAGGAUACUGUUGACGAUCUACGGGUCGAUGUCAUUCAACGCGGAGUCAAACCGAAACCCGCUCUGGUCAAGCAGAUCGUCGAGGACGUCGAUCGUGCCACCAGCGGCCUGUUGGAGCUCGAAGGGUACGUGCAGACGGUCAAACCAAGUUGGAAGAAGACGUGGGAGUCCGAGUUGCAGAACAUCGUCGACGAGCAAGAGUUUCUCAACCACGAGGAAGGUCUCCUUUCGGAUCUGCGCGACGAUCUCGGCGCGCUCAAGGAGGUGUUCAGCAACAUCCAGCAGGUGGUCAAGCUUCGUGGUGGAUCCGGCAAGGGAGGCAAGUACAUCCCUCCGCUACCGGAGGAGGGCCACGAAGGUCUGUCCACCGUUAUGAUGGAAGUCAAGUCGCAGGCCGUCAAUCAUGAGAAGCGUCUACGAGCUCUACAGGCUGUCGAACGGCAAAGACAGAAGGACAUGUUGGCUUCCAAGAGCAACGACGAGUUCAGUGAAGAGCUGGCAGGGUUCGUGGACAAGAGAGUGCUUCGCAAAACCGGCGGCGUUUUGGAGGCCGAAAGGGUCAGGCAGAAGAGAGACCAUGCAACGUGGAAGGCCAUGUUUGGCGGUGGCGGGCCUGGAGGGAUUCCGAUGACUCCGAGCGGGAGCAGCGGGCCAGAAGCCAAACCGAAGAAGUUGAUACUCGGCGGUAAGAAGGGCAAGGAUGCGGCAGCGGCAGCGGCAGGUGUCGAUGGGCCCUCGACCGCUGCCAAUACGAGCGCAAGCACUACGGAUGACGAUACUACGCUGUAA